AUGUCGGGGGAACCAGUGGUCGAACAUCAGGAGUUGCCGUUUCGCACCAGCUUCGUGACAGGAGGGCGGCGCCUGGCAACCAUCGAAGGAGCCGACGGAGCGGCCUUGGCUUCGCCUGGGGGUCUGUUGGGGCGAUUGGAUGAACAACGGCAUCCGCCGCAGCGCAUCAACGCUGCGCUGGGAGGGCGCCAGACUACCACGGAAGCACUCGCCUCCAGCACCAUCGGAGCGGCCUUGGCGCCUGGCGGUGGUAGGAUGGUGCGUCCCAUGCGGAGGGUAAUAUCGCCAAUCGGUUCUCCUGCCUCGGUGUUGGCCGUAUGCAACAGCUCAAGGGAGGCGCAGAGGAUUCCAGUCAGCCCCGGCCUGACUGGCGGUCCAACCAACGGAACAUUGACGUUGCAACAGGACGCUCUCUCACCACCUCCAGUGUCUAAUGUAACGGCACUCUCAGAGAAGUGUGAUGAGGCUCUGGCUACAUCGCUCCCCCACAGCGCCUUCAGCAGCUCCUCAGUGUUCACCAGUGGCUACGCUGCAGGAUACGCCAAGCUCAACCAGAGAGGAGGUGCUGGUGGCUGGUCUCCGCUGGACAGCGACCACUACCAGUGGCUGCAGGUGGACCUGGGCAGUAGGAGACAGGUGAGCGCGGUGGCCACGCAGGGCAGGUACAGCAGCUCCGACUGGACCACCCGAUACCGGCUCCUCUACAGCGACACGGGACGCAACUGGAAACCCUACCACCAGGACGGCAACAUAUGGGCGUUUACAGGGAACUCCAACACAGAGAGUGUGGUGCGGCACGACCUUCAGCACGUCCUUGUGGCCCGCUACCUCCGCUUCCUGCCUCUGGAUUGGAGCAUAGAGGGACGCAUUGGCCUGCGCAUCGAGAUCUACGGCUGUGCCUACUGGUCGGAUGUGAUUAACUUUGACGGCCAGGGAGUGAUCUCCUACCGCUUCAAGAUGAAGAAGAUGAAGAUCCUGAAGGACGUCAUCUCGCUCAAGUUCAAGACGUCGGAGAGCGAGGGCGUCAUCCUGCACGGAGAGGGGCAGCAGGGAGACUACAUCACACUGGAACUGAGGCAGGCCAAACUACUGCUGCAGAUUAACCUGGGCAGCAAUCAGCACGGCUCGAUCCUCGGCCACACGUCAGUUACCAGCGGCAGUCUCCUUGACGACCACCACUGGCACUCGGUGGUUAUCGAGCGCUACAGACGCAACGUCAACUUCACACUGGACCAGCACACACAACACUUCAGGACCAACGGGGAGUUCGACCACCUCGACCUGGACUACGAGCUGAGUUUUGGAGGCAUGCCAUAUUCUGGCAAGCCUGUUAGUGGUGGCAGGAAGAACUUCAAAGGCUGUAUGGAGAUCAUCAACUACAACGGUGAAAACAUCACUGACCUGGCCAGGCGGAAGAAGCUGGAUGUAUCGAACUUUCGUAACCUGAGUUUCUCCUGCGUGGAGUCACACACCUUUCCCGUGUUCUUCAACGCCACAAGCUUCCUACAGUUGCCAGGGCGACAGGAGCACAACAUGGUGUCGGUGGGGUUCCAGUUCCGCACGUGGAACCCUAACGGUCUGCUGCUCUUCAGCCCGCUGGCUGAUGGAAUGCUGGAGCUGGUGCUGACAGAGGGCAAGGUGGCAGUCCACAUCAACGUCACACAGGAGAAGAACACCAGGAUAGACAUCUCCUCAGGUUCAGCACUGAAUGAUGGCGAGUGGCAUGACGUCCGGUUUCUGGCAAAGGAGAACUCUGUCAUGCUGACUAUCGAUGGUGACGAGUCCUCAGCAGUGCGCACCACAACCCCUAUUCAGAUCACCACGGGAGGAUCCUACCACUUUGGAGGCUACUUCCAGCACAGCAGUGUGUCUCCGUCCCAGCGAGCGUUCCAGGGCUGCAUGCAGCUGAUCCAUGUGGAUGACCAGCUAGCAGACCUCCAUGCUGUAGAGCAGGGCAGGAUGGGAGCCUUCGAGAACGUCAGUCUGGACAUGUGUGCCAUCAUAGACAGGUGUAUGCCUAACCACUGUGAGCAUGGGGGCCGGUGUACACAGACCUGGGAUAGCUUCAGCUGUUCAUGUGAUGGGACUGGAUACGCUGGAGCCACAUGUCACACCUCGGUGUAUGAGCGAUCCUGCGAGGCCUAUAAACACCUCGGCAAGACGUCAGAGGCCUACUGGAUCGACCCGGACGGCAGUGGACCACUUGGCCCGUUCAAGGUCAUCUGCAACAUGACAGAGGACAUGGUGUGGACCACGGUGCCGAACAACCUGCCAGCCCAGACGUUGGUGACGGGUUCGAGUCGUGAGCGGCGUACGGUGCUGCAGCUGAACUACAGCGCCUCUAUGGAGCAGGUGGCAGCCGUCAUCGGAGCCUCCGAGUACUGCCAACAACACCUGGCCUACGCAUGCCGCUCCUCACGACUACUCAACACACCUGAUGGCGUGCCGUACACGUGGUGGGUUGGCCGGGGCAAUGAGAAGCAUUUCUACUGGGGAGGAAGCAGUCAGGGCAUCCAGAAGUGUGCCUGUGGCAUAGAGCGCAACUGCACAGACCCCAAAUACUACUGCAACUGUGACGCAGACCAGAAACAAUGGAGAGAGGACUCAGGACUGCUGGUCUAUAAAGAGAACUUACCUGUCAACCAGCUUGCCGUGGGAGACACCAAUCGAGCGGGUUCCGAGGCCAAGGUGACGGUCGGGCCUUUGCGUUGCCACGGAGACCGUAAUUACUGGAACGCUGCCUCCUUUAGCACGCCCUCGUCCUACCUGCACUUCUCCACCUUCCAGGGGGAGACGAGUGCUGACAUCUCCUUCUACUUCAAGACCUCCGCCCCCCACGGAGUCUUCCUCGAGAACCUCGGCAACUCUGACUUCAUACGCCUGGAACUGAAGUCUUCUACAGUAGUCUCCUUCUCCUUUGAUGUGGGUAACGGGCCGGUGGAGCUGAGUGUAGAGUCCCCAACUCUGCUCAACGAUGACCAGUGGCACCAGGUAUCAGCUGAGAGGAACGUGAAGGAGGCCGUGCUGCAACUGGACCAGCUGUACAGGGAGGUCAGAGCAGCCCCAGCACAGGGACACACACGCCUGGAGCUCUACAGCCAACUCUAUGUGGGUGCAGCUAGUGGCCAGAGAGGGUUCCUGGGCUGCAUCCGUGCCCUGCAGAUGAACGGCGUGACCCUUGACCUUGAGGAAAGAGCCAAGGUCACCCCGGGGGUCGAGGCCGGAUGCUCAGGUCACUGCACCAGCUAUGGGAUGUACUGCCAAAACGGGGGCAAGUGUGUGGAGAAGGACAAUGGAUACGCAUGUGACUGCUCCGAUACUACGUAUGAUGGGCCCUUUUGCACCAAAGCUGGAUGGCCAAAGGACCUCCAUGACCUCUCUAUCCUGCAAGUGAUGGACCAGAGAAUGUAA